AUGGAUUACCAGAAGCUAAAUGAGGCCACACGAAAAGAUCACUACUCAGUUCCCUUCAAUUAUCAGAUACUUGACCGACUAGACGGGCAGGAGUACUAUUGUUUCUUAGAUGGGUAUUUCGUAUAUAAUCAUAUUUUGAUUGCGCCCGAGGAUCAAGAAAAGACCACAUUCACAUGUCCUUAUGGUACAUAUGCUUUUAAGCGCAUGCCAGUUGGACUUUGCAAUGCGCCAGCAAUGUUUCAAUGGUGUAUGAUUGCCAUUUUUCAUGAUAUGGUGGAGGAAAUUGUAGAGGUGUUCAUGGAAGAUUUCUCUGUCUUUGGGAAGUCUUUUGAGGUAUGUCUCCAGAAUCUUAAUAAAGUACUUGCUAGAUGUGAAGAAACAAAUUUAGUACUGAACUGGGAAAAGUGCCAGUUCUUAGUUCGAGAGGGUUUUUAUCGGAGAUUCAUCAAGGAUUUUUCCAAGAUUGCAAGACCUAUGUGGAUUCUUUUGGAGAAGGAGGUGAGAUUUGAAUUUGAUGAGAUGCGUUUGAAAGCUUUUGAGAUGCUGAAGAGGAACUUAAUUGAAGCUCCCAUCUUAAUUGCUCCUAAUUGGGAAUUACCGUUUGAACUCAUGUGUGAUGCAAGCAAUAUAGAAGUGGGUGCUCUAUUGGGAAAAAUGAAAGAUAAAGUGUUCCAUUCAAUCUAUUAUGCAAGUAGGACCCUGGAUUCUGCACAAGCUAAUUACACAGUGACUGAGAAGGAGAGGCUAGCUCUAGUGUUCGCCUUCGAUAAGUUCAGAUCGUAUUUGAUAGGUACCAAGGUUAUUGUUUAUACUGACCAUGCAACUGUUAGGUUGGAAGAUUUUUCCCAUGUACAUGAAGGGGAACAAAUUCGAGAAGAUUUUAUGGAUGAACAGUUGAUGGCAUUAGAUAUCUCCCAAAUGCUUGGGUAUGUGAACAUAGUGAAUCUGAUAGUAAGUGGAGAGUACCGUCCGGAUGCAACCACCCAACAAAAGAAAAAGCUAACUCAUGUUGCUAUGUUCUAUAUCUCGGAUGAACUAUUCUUAUUCAAGCAAGGUGUGGAUCGGGUGGUAAGAAGAUGCAUUCCAGAGUAUGAGGUAAAGAAAGUACUCAAAAGUUGUCAUGCUAGCCCAUAUGGAGGUCACCAUGGAGGAGAGUGCACGGCGCAUAAGGUGGUCGAUCUUCCAUCGAAUGAUUUAAGAGUUGUCAUUAAGUUCAUCAAGAAGAACAUUUUCACUCAUUUUGUCACUCCAAGGGAAAUCAUAAGUGAUGGAGGUAAGCAUUUCAUUAACCAUCUAGUGAAAAAUCUUCUUGCUAAGUAUGGUAUUCAUCAUAAGGUUUCUACAACUUACCAUCCUCAAACAAGUGGGCAAGUGGAAGUUUCGAAUAGAGAGGUGAAACACAUUUUCCAAAAAACGGUGAAUGCACAAAGAAAGGAUUGGUCAGUGAAGCUGGAUGAUGCAUUGUGGGCAUAUAGAACUGCAUAUAAGACACACAUAUGGACUUCUGUCUAUCACAUAGUGUUCGGCAAAACAUGUUAUCUUCCGGUAGAGUUAGAACACCAAGCAUAUUGGGCAAUAAAGAAGUUGAAUCUUGACCUCAAGAUGGCCGGUAGGAAGAGAGUGGAUCAAUUACAUGAACUUUAG